GGGGAGAGUAGACGUCGCUCCCGCGCUUUUGCCGCCUAAUUCCAAAUUCGAAUUCGGACCGUUUGACGAUAACGUCUUUAUAAUGUUGAUAUAACAUUUUUUCAGUUUAAAAAAGUUUGGAUUUUGUUUGAUUAUUGAGUGUGAGUGAUAUUCCAAAUGAGUGCUAAAAUGUUUGGCCAAGGAGUUGUCAAGUUUGUUUGUUUAUUAAUGACAUUUUUUGGGGGUGUAACAAGUCUUCGUGACGUUAUGCUCCUGGUACAACCGACCAACGUGAUCAGGGGUGGUACAGCCGCACUCAUCUGUUCACGGGACAUGCAGGGCGCUCCCUUGUACUCCGUCAAGUGGUACAGAGGAAACCACGAGUUCUACAGGUAUACUCCCAUGGAAGAGCCUGAUACGAGAGUGUUUGGAUUGCCUGGGAUCUAUGUAGAUAUGAACCGAUCAAACGGCACACAAGUACUUCUUCGGAGGUUGGAUCUGUCAUUGGCUGGCAACUUCAGCUGCGAAGUAACGGCUGAUUCUCCGUCUUUCGCCACGCAGAUUGCUACCAAAUUCAUUGAUGUUAUUGCAUUACCGCACCACCCGCCCCAGUUGAAGGCAGACAAGGAUCGAUACCAGCCUGGUGAGGUGUUACAAGCGAACUGCACGUCUUCGCCAGCGAGACCUGGUGCUAACCUCACUAUAUAUAUCAAUGAGGAGCCUCUCCGCUCAUCAGAAACGAGUCUCCAUCCUACAGAGAGUGGUCUACUCUGGACGAGCGUAAAGGCAGACGUGAAAGUCACGCCCGAGAUGUUCCAAGGAGGCCGGCUGAGAGUCGCGUGUCUAGCCACAGUGUAUGAUGUGUACAGGAACUCGGCUAACCUGGACUUCUUUACACCUGAUACGGAUCCGAGACCUGAGAGGAUCACCCUCAACAGCGCAUCCAAGUGCUUCCAAAGCUGGAUCCUACUCCUCCUACUAUUUCUUCUGCCAGUAGUCAUGGGCCAGGACUACUUGGUGCCAAUUCUCGACUACGAAGAUUAUGAGGAAAAGUAUGGCCCAGCAGCCUUCGCUUCGCUAGUUGGCGGUUAAAAUGAGGAUUUAAGGUGUAAAAAUACGAAUUUAGUCUGAUAAAUACCUAAUUUUAAACACGAUAUUUAAGCACUACAUGUUUUGGAAGUUUGAUUUUGGUUUGGUUUUUGUGGAAGCCUGUUUAGAUGUUGUAUGUUCAAUUUGAAGACUUAUUGGUUUAACUCAAAGGUUUAUUUAUAAUCAACCUUUAAGUUAAACCAAUAAGUCUUAGUUUUAUUUAUUUAAUCAUCAAUAGAAAUCAGUUAUUAAAUUAUUAAUAGAAAUACGGAAUAAUCCAUCGUUUUUUUAUAGGCAUGACAACAUGGCCCUCCAAACUAAUAUGAAUGAAAAAGAAAGCUUUAUUUUUAAAUCAAACAAAAGUUGGGAUGCAAGAAUAUUUUUGACGUUUUGACAGGUUUUUUACAGAAAAUAUGUCAAACUGCGAUAUUUGUUCCUCGGGUAGAAGUAACUUAACAGAUGAUUUACAAAUCUAUUUGAUUUAAGGCCUUUGUUAAUUUAUAUUACUGAACUUGCGAUAUGUAAAUUACACGAUGCAGAUGAUUAUAUGAUUAUACCUCUAGAUGCUGGGGAUUUUUUCCAAUUUGAAUUGCCUGAUCCAUCUAAAUAGGCUUGGUACUUAUUAACUUAAACUAAUAACAACUAUGUUUUCAGUUUUUCGAUAAAUAUGAGAAUUUCUCUCAUGUAACUUAGUGUUAAAUCAAAAUAAAUACAAAGAUUAUGAAGUGAUAAUUUACUAUGUUACCAAAUUGCAUUUCCUUUACUUGUAUCUACCUGUACUAUAUACCACUGAAAUAAAAUAGUGAUUUAUAAAGAGAGUGACCAUUAUCCAUGCUUUAUGUUAUGAUUAUAUUUUUUUUAUAUUCUCUUAAUUUUAAUUUACUAAGCGCAUAUUGUCACCUUAUUGACUAAUUAAUACCGCUUUUAUUUUAAAUAAAAAAUAUUAACGUGUAACACACCAUUUUGUACAUUCCACUUUCUAUUAUAAAAUAACACUUAUGUAAGUCUUCUUGUAAAUACAUCUGUCAAUCUAUUGUACACAGCUAUAAUAUAUUAUAAUAUAUAAUUAUAAAUAUAAUAUUGUGAUAAUUCAUAAAGGUUUUACCAAACCUGCAAGGCCGUAUUAUAAUGCAAUGAAGAUGUAUCAAUGUAUCAUUAACACGGUCCCAUAGGUAUAAGAUUAAAUGGAAAAUGAAAAUUAAAUUUUCAUAGUACUUAAUGUAUGUACAGUUAGCAAAAAGACAGAAACUUAUAUCUUUGCAACAUUGAACUUGCUGAGGUACCUUUAUGAAAUAACCAUGACUAAUAAACUAGUCAACACGAUAUUUUUUUUUUGACCUUGACACAUACCUAAAUAAAGUGUCAGUUUCUAUUGACAAAGUGUUCGAAAAGAAAAUCAGAUCGACUUUAUACUUCUGUAAUCAUUGUAUCAAAGAUAUAAGAUAGAAUUGGAAAUGUUCAUUGUAUAAAGAAUCUUUACAGUUGUAAUGAUAAUAAGAAAUACUCAAAUGUAUUUGGCUUUAGGCUUUAACAUCUUAAAUGAACAUAUUGAAACUCGAUGUCAGAAUUCUGUAUUUUGGAAUAUUAACAGUUAAUUUAAUAGAUAACGAUUGUAAAAAAUAUACUCUUAAGGUCCUGACUCCACCAAAUCAGAGAAGAACAGAGAAGUUUUUCAACAACGAAAAGACUUUCUUUAUUCAAACACAUAAUUUUAUUUAUAAAACUGAAAAUCCCAUUGGUUGUU